CUCGCCACUGGUGGAGAACCUGAGGCCAGGGCCCUGUCUCCCAGCACCACCCGCAGCGGACCACACCACGCGGAAGCCUGAUUUAUCCCGGCAGCCCCACUUCCGGGUGCGCUGGGCCUUUUCCAGGCUCUCCUGCCGGCGGCCCGGGGAGGGUUUCAGUCUGCGUGCCCGGAACUGGAGCUGGGUGUGAAUCGUGAGGCGCCUGACACCUAGAAGGCACUGGGCUGAGGAGAGGAGGAGGAAAGAAAGUGGAGGCCAGGCGGCCGGGACGGGACGCGGUCUCUCCUGGGACCUCUGCCGCCCAGGUAGGAGAGGGUGCAGUACCAGCGGGGGGCGGUCGAGGUCCGGUGACGCGGUACGGGGCUUCCGCCUGCACACGCUGGCGCAGCUUGGCUCCUCGGGCCUGUGCCUUCAGCCCUCCUCGGAAUCCCGUUAGGACUGACGCGGACGAUUCGCUGUUCCCUCACUUCCCCUUGAGUUCAGAUCGCCGUGUCUGAAUUUGCCCUUCCCUCCUCAGAGCAUUAAAUCACAGUAUUAACUGCGUGCUUAUGCAUGGGCCCCGGGCUUCCUGCGCCGCUGUCCUCGGAAGGGCACACGGAGCUGUGGCCGACGGGCACCUGUACUCUUGUUCCCUAUUCUCCCAGGCGCCUCGGGCCACAGGGCAACCUCGCUGCUUUCCCCGUGCUGUUGCAGGACGAUCGCGUGCACAAGGAGGCGCCCUCGGCCGCCCGGGAACCCCAGGGCAGCCCGGGCCGCGGCGCCUCCGCAGUCUCCGUGUGCACUGGGGCUGCGGCCAGCAAGCGGCGGCGAACGUCCCGUGAGAACGGAAGAUGCUCGGUCGGGUUGGACCCGGCCUGGGCGCGAUGCCCCGGUUCCCUUCUGCCGCCACCGCCCCCCAACCCCGCCGCCGCCUGCGCGGCCUCGCCCGCCUCGCGGUCGCCAUGGCAACCUCCGCGUGCCGAGCUUUCUCCCGGUGUGAUCAGGCCCGGAACCGUCUGGAACCCGCAGUGCUGUACGUGAGGAUUUAAGGACAGAGCAGCUCGACCCAGCUUUGAGGCGGGCGGACCGUUUCCUGCCGGAAGGAAACGCUGCUGGCCGUCGGAUCUGGGUUCCCCGCCACCCUGCUGACUCCUUCGGCCUCGGGGGCUGUGGGGCUGCAAGCUCUCAGCCGGCCCGGCCCACGUCCUGCUAGCUGCGUCCUGGCUUCCCGCAGUCUCCAAACGUGAGUUUCCUCAUCUAUAAGAAUAUGUCAAGCAUCACAUGAAUUGAUCCAGUUGCCUCUUAAUAUCGGUGGCGGAUGAAUUCCAGAACUCCUAAUACCGAGCCCUGUGGACACCAAGUCCCUUUAAUAAGAUGGCAUAGCACUUACAUAUAACGUACAUAAUCCCCCCUAUACUUCAGAUCGCCUCUGGAUUACCUAUAAUAUCUAACACAGUGUAAAUGCUAUUAAAUACUUGUUAUAUUGUUUAAGGAAUAAUGACAAGAAAAUUUUUUUCACAUGUUCAGUAAAGAUGUAACUUUAAAAAUAUUUUAUUUACUCUUUGUUUGAAACCAUGGAUAUAGAACCCGCAGAUACAGUGCUUGCUAAGGUCUUAAA